AUGGCCUCAGAAAAUGGAGAGAAAGUUGAGGUUGGUUUGAGUGCAACUCCAGAGACAAAAACAAAGCCACAGAAGAAAGAUUGGGUUGUUUUGUCCCUGAGAAUGGUUGCGUUUUUGGCCACUGCAUCUGCAACACUUGUCAUGGCUCUCAACAAACAGACCAAAAGCUUCGUAGUUGCCACCGUUGGUAGCACCCCAAUAACAGCAACUCUUUCUGCAAAGUUUAACCAAACCCCAGCUUUUGUGUUCUUUGUUGUAGCCAAUGCAAAUGCUACUCUGCAUAACUUGGUGAUGAUAGCAAUGGAUGUGUUUGGACCACAAUAUGAUUACAAAGGACUAAGGCUUGUGCUGAUUGCAAUAUUAGACAUGAUGGCCAUGGCUCUUGCAUCAGCUGGAGAUGGUGCAGCAACAUUCAUGUCUGAAUUGGGUAAAAAUGGUAAUUCACAUGCAAGAUGGGAUAAGAUAUGCGACAAAUUCCAGACCUACUGCAACAGAAGUGGUGCUGCCCUUAUUGCCUCUUUCAUUGGCUUCAUUCUCCUCCUCAUUAUUUCAGUGAUGUCCAUCAUCAAAUUGCUCAAGCCAAAUCGUAUUAACCAUGCUUCUCCAUAA